AUGCUUGAUAUCCACUGUCAAAGCCCGAGAGAAGUAAAUCCCGAUGAUAAUCAAGGAUUAUAUAGCGGCGGUGAUAGUGAUGAGAUGAUGCUAAUUACUAGUACUAACGUGCUCAUAACAUGGAAUAACUUUUAUAAACAGAGAGUUGUUGUGUAUAUCCCUGCUGGUGCUUGCUAUGACACAGCAGCCGCAUAA